CAAAAAUUGCGGGAACUUGUUGAGUGCGAAAGAUUUUUGCGAAAUGAAAACAUGACCACGACUCGCAGCCAUGUUAGCAUGCAAAACAAAUACGAUCGGGUGGUCCUGCUGGUGGAUAUGGACUGCUUCUUCUGCCAGGUGGAGGUGAAGCAGCAGCCCGAGUACCGCAACAGGCCCCUGGCCGUGGUGCAAUACAACAAAUGGCGGGGAGGCGGCAUCAUUGCUGUCAAUUACGAAGCGCGAGCCAAAGGAGUGACCAGGCACAUGCGUGGCGACGAGGCCAAAGAUCUGUGUCCCGAAAUAGUGCUCUGUCAAGUGCCGAACAUCCGGGAAAAGGCGGACACGGGCAAAUAUCGCGAUGCUGGCAAAGAAGUGGCCAAUGUUCUGCAGCGCUUUACGCAGCUCCUCGAGCGUGCCUCUGUGGAUGAGGCGUACCUGGACAUCACGGACACGGUGAAUAUCCGCAUGAAGCAGUUGCAGAGUGGCGACUUUGCCUUGAAGCCCCAGGAACUGGUCAACACCUUCGCCGUUGGCUAUACGAACAUUGGGGACUAUGUCAACAAGAUAACGAAUCGAUUUGCCAAUCCCUACAUGGAUGAUGAACGUUUCCAACUUGCCUACGAUCAAAACGAUUUGCCCGCCGUCCGGCAGAGCGAUAUUCGUCUCCUGAUCGGUGCCUCCAUAGCUGGAGAGGUGCGUGCAGCAGUCAAGAAGGAUACUGGCUAUGAUUGUUCCGCGGGCAUAGCUCACAACAAGAUCCUAGCCAAGCUGGCCGCCGGCAUGAACAAGCCGAACAAACAGACCAUUCUACCGCUGGCGGAGAUCCCGGGGCUGUUCGAUUCAUUGCCAGUGGGAAAGAUCAAGGGUCUGGGCGGAAAGUUUGGCGAGGUGGUGUGCGAGACUAUGGGCAUUAAAUUUCUAGGGCAAUUGGUUAAAUACACCGAGGGAGAGCUGCAGCGAAAGUUUGAUGACAAGAAUGGCUCUUGGUUGUUUUACAUCUCACGCGGAAUCGAUCUGGAGGCGGUGACUCCACGCUUCUACUCCAAGAGCAUUGGCUAUUGCAAGAAGUUUCCCGGGCGGAACAAUAUCACUGGCUUGAAGUCCCUGCAGCAUUGGCUGGGGGAGCUCUCCAUCGAGAUCAAUGAUAGGCUGGAGAAGGAUUUCAUCGAAAACAACCGGAAGGCCAAGCAGAUGGUGGUCCAGUUUGUCCAGGAUAUUGAUGAAGAAGAGGUAGCCAGCUCUCGGUCCACUUCCAUUAAUCACUACGAUCAGGAAACGUUGGCCAAGCUUGCUCUGGAUCUGAUAAAAUCGAAUACGAAAACGUUUUUACGACCUGGAAGCGAUGCAGCUCUAAAUAAUUCGGUCAAGUUCCUUGGUAUCAGCGUGGGAAAGUUUGAGACCAUUUCGAAUGCUCAAAACAGCCUCCAGAAUAUGUUUGCCAAUCAGGCAGCGAAGAACAGGCGAAUGAGUGGCGAGGAAGCUGUGCAGCAGCCGAAAGUCCAGGUGGAAGUCAGGCCCAAGCAGACUGAAGACUCCAAAAUGAAAAGUUUCUUCGCCAACUAUCUGCAAGGAGCCAAAAAAGAGGAGAAGAAGCCCGCAGACCCUGAUCCUGUGGCGGAUGCGCAUACAGCAGCAUCAGGAGCUCCGCCAAAAAAGAGUUUCUUUGAAGAGUAUAAACAAAAACUUAAAGCCGUUUCGGAAACGGAAGGAGCAGCUGAAGGAUCCACGCAGACAUCCACACCGCCAGAGUUAAAGGGAAGUUUUUUUGCCAACUACUUAAAGCAACAAAAUGCGGCUAAGGAACAACAUAUUGAGGCAGCAGCCGAGGGUCAAGAGGAUGAGGAACAGACUAAGACACAGGAGGUCGAGGCGGCAGCCGAUAAUGCCUCAGAUAUGCAGGGACUGGCCGAAGAACUAGACGCAAUUGAGGCAGGCGAUUCCAAGGAUUUCGAUGAGGAUACCCUCGAAGAUGAAAGCCUCACAUCAAGGGCGAACACAAUCGUGCCACCAGAGGAACCAACCUCAACAUAUCAGCCACUCACGGAAGAAGAGCUCAAGCCAUCCACAUCCAAGCGAAAAUUUGAUCAGCUCAACAGCUCCACAAGCAGCAGCUAUAAAGAGAGCUAUGCCGAGUACGCUGUGCCCGAAAUACGAGCCAAUCUCCUGCCCAUGGUCAAGUGCGAUCAGUGCGGCGCCAAAAUUCCCGACGAUGUCAAGGCGUUGCAAACCCAUCGCGAUCAUCACUUUGCCCAGGAAUUGAGUCGCCAAAUGAAAACCGAGCAACGCGAGAAGAGACAUCAGAGCCCCAAAAAGUUAUCCCCCAAGCCGACGCCGCCCAAAAAACAAAAAAAGUCUGCUGGAUCAUCUAGUGGUGGCUCCACGUCCUCCUCCACUACUCCUGCCAAUAGCAUAGCCAAGUUCUUCAAUGUCAAGCCACCUGUAGAGCCGCCUUCGAGCAGCAUUCCCACUCAACAAUGCUCCGAAUGCAAGGCCUACAUCAAGAUCGAAUGUAUGCCCGAGCACUUGGACUACCACAUGGCGAGAAGUCUCCAGCGCGAGCUCAACCAGCAGGAUCUGCGCACUCGAGCAGCAGCACUCAGCAAGGAGAACAGCUCUCCGGGCCAAGGCAAAAAGCAGCAGAAGCAAAAGCAGCUGAAUGCCACCAUAGCCAACUCCUCCGCCAGGGGCGGCAACAAGCCAAUAACCCAGUUCUUUACCCAAACCAAUUAAUUGUUCAAUAUAAAAUAACGAAUUUUGAAUUCCCAAUCAAA